UUUCAUAUAUAUGUUAGUUAAGCGGUGAAGAAAGAAAAGAAGGAAAGAGAGAAAGAAAGAAACCGACGGUCACAGAGAAGAGGGUGUCGACGAACAAAGAAAACGAUGGUUGAAGAAAGAAAAGACGACAGAAGAAGAAGAGAACGACAGUGAAGAAAGACGAUCGAUGUCGCAGAGAAGAAGAAAAACAACGGUGAAUAAGGCAAGGACGACGGAAGAAGGAGAAGAAGGUGGCGACGACAGCGACGGUCACAGAAGCUAAAUCGACAGAGAAAAGAAGAGCAACAAGGCGACGGCGGUGAUGGAGUCCACCGUCGCUGUUGGAUCCGCAGAGCUGCAUCCUCUGCAGGACGGUGUCGCCGUCGUUUCUUCGCUGGUGAGUGCUGCAAAUCAAGGAUGAAUGGCGUGCUACACUUAAAGAAGUGAAUGGUGAAGGAGCAGCUAGCAGCAAGUUGAUGACACCGGUGAAGAGAACGGUGAGCUUUGAUAUCCUAUCGUGGGCGGUAUUAUAGAGGUAAUUUACUUUUAAGUUAGAAUAGCCACACAAAAUCAAUGUGUCUCUGUGAAAUCAAUGAACUAGACAAGACCUUGCACCACCAAAUAAGAAGCCACUUUCUGAAGAUGAGUAGAGGUAUAUAUCUUUAGUUCUCUUUGUUUUAUUUGAAUGUUUUGUGAUGAUUGCAUUCUCUAAAUCUCUUUGUGGUUACUGAUUAUGUGUUUUGGCCUUUUUUGUUUAAUAUGAACAGGAUGAGGUACUACUCUUUUGUCUUCUCCUAGACAUUUGUAAAUUUAGACUUGGAUUCCAUUGUUUACUUGAAACUCUAUAUACAAAUUCAUAAUACAAAGCACUUAUAUAGAAUAUUUUGGUAGUUGAAUUUUUAAAUAUCUUACAUUAGGCUUUGAAGGACAAUAUUUUUUUGAAUAUUUUCUAUUGUAGACAUUGUUCCCAGGUUAGAUAAUUGUUUACAUCGUUGCAGCAGGAAAAAGCACCCCAAUAAGACAUGUUUUUGGUGAACAUAUAUUUACAAAUAUAAGAUUAUAAUCAGUUUUGCUUGCCUGUGAUGUGUUUUGCUAAAACUAUAACCAAAAUUUUCAUUAUCAUCUCAAAUUGCUUGGGUUGUUGACAUUUCAUGUUGCAAUUGGGGAUUUAGAUAUAUUUUUCUUUUAGUAAUGACAGUGAUUGCAAGUAGAAGAUAGUUACUUGAAGUUUGUCUUAAGGCUUCUCUUAUUGGUAGUGUCUUAAGGUGGGAUGUCUUUGGUCUCAUAUAACUAAUUGAAAGUGUUUGCUUCAAAACUUAUGGCUACAUUAGCAUGUCUCAAGCCAUUUCAUUUCUCAGUAAUUUCAAGCUUGAACACUACAUAAAAAUCCCCUUAAGAUCAAUGUCUUACUGCGGGUAUAUUCUUUAUGACCAAUUUCAGUCCCUUCCUCAUCAAAAAGUUUUGCAGAGUUUAUAUAUUAGUUUAAUUAUAAUUGUUUAUUUACUGUGAUCCAAUAAAAAAAUAAGAAAGAAGAAAUGACACUCAUAAGGAAAAAUGUAUGCACAUAAGCUGAUAAAAAUUGUCGCAUAUGUGGGAGAUACUGUCAGUUCUGCAUUAUAUUGCCCAUAUAUAUAGUUCUACAUUCAAGAUAAGAAUAUACAUGCAAUAUAAUGCAGAACGAGGUCUAUUUGGUAAAUAUUAUGAUUGGUGUGAAUCAUUUAGUACAUAUCCCAUGACAAAUGAUCUCCUUCUUGCUCCCCUGUUUUUGAAUAGUGCUACAGGUUUGAUCAAAUUCAUUUAAAAAAUUUGUAGUCUGCUAUAAUUAUUUCAUAAUUGUAGCUGGCUUAUUAGCUAGCUUUCUUUUCCCCAUUUUUGUAUAGAAUGAUUCGUUUGUAAGUAAGUUAAAUGGCUGAAAAUACUUUCUUAAUAGAAUUUUAUCAUUUUGUAUUAAAGAAGUUUUCUUUGAGUGAUAAAUUGGGAUACCGUAACUGAUAUAGCUGUAUGCUUGAUAUUAUAUUUGUAAUAAAAUUUAAAUAUGGUUGGUAGGACAAAGGAUCUUCCAAAACCAGAAGAGAUAAUUGAGUAGGUGAAACGAAGAAUAGUUGUUGCAUCUCCGUUUGAAUAUAUUUUGAACUUUGAACUGAACUUAACAGCCUGAUCUUUUUGCUUUGCAUAUCAUGUCUUUGAUGAAUGAACUUAACACCCCUUUGGUUGAAAUACCACUAUCUUUUAUUCAUUUAUGAUGUAUAGGGAGCUACCUGAAUCUUACAUUGUUGCAGACUUUUCUGUAUUUUUGUGGUCAAACAAAAUUGAUUUUCUUACCUUGAAUAUUUAUGUCACCAUAAUCUUCUUCUACAUAGCGUUACAUGUAGGUAUAUAUGAUGAUAAAUGUAUUUUGUUUAUUGCAGGAUUUAUGAAUUUGCCUUGGCCUUUGUUUUCAUUUAUUUAUUUAUGUCGAUUUUAUACCGAUGGGGUUUGAAUUUGUUUUUAUCACUGUGCAUAUAUGAAAUCAUGUGGUGUUUUACCUGUGACUUAUAGCUGCUGUGUUUUCUGAUUUUUUUUUUAAUUUUGUUUUAAUUAGGUUCUCUUUGUGCUUCUCAUGAAUCGAUAAGAAAAAGUGAUGCUCAUAAAGUGGUAUGCCCCAUGCUCUCGGAAGGAAAGAUCCAAGAAUUGACAAAGCACAUGGCUGUCGGAGCUAAUGAGGUGUUGCCUAAACUAUGGAAAUUAACAAUGAAAUGUUGUCAUAUAUGCAUAUGGAGCCUGGCCUUCACCAUUUUGAAAACACAUCAUUCAAUGGAAGAUGGUGGUUGCAUUUGCAAAAAGGGCAGAUUUGACGAUGGCUAAUAGGGUGCAUAAGAUAUCAUCAAUAGUGGGUGGAAUGCUCUUCGUAGCUGACAAUUUAUACAUUCAUACUGCAUGGCAUCUUGCAACCGCAAUUGGUGUCAGUACCUGCAACAUGCUCCUUGAGCAGUGCUUUCGUAGCAACGCUAAGGAAAUUGACUUCAUUAAGGUCACACCAAAGACAACGACUAUGGCCUUGCUGAUGGAGAAAGCAAGUUUAUAUUGCACAAAGUGGAGGCAAUAGAUGAGGCUAACUAUGCAUACAACUACAGUGUUGUUGGUAGAAGGACCCAACAGAGGAUCCAUUGGAAAGCUGAGUGUGAAGUUCCACUCCAAAGGAGAUGCGAAGCCUGACGAGGAAGACAUGAAGAAGGGUAAG